AUUCCCCUGUGUGAUUGGCUCAUACACGUUGUUCCUGAUGUUAGCCUCUUUGACCCGCCCUCCAGUAUCGGCAGUGGAGACAGAGCGGAGCACCACACACAUAUUCCUGCUGACCACAGGAUCACGGAUUUUGGGCCGUUGCCAAGGCAACACUACCCUCUCGUGGCUGUGCUGACGCUGGCAGAGUCUGAAGCCAGAGACUCGUACAACAUCGUGGCCUCUGUGACAGUUCUUCAUGUUCCUGAUGACAGAUACAGCCUCUCUGCUCGGCUUCUCUUCCAGUACCUGCUCACCGCACAGGGCAACAUGUACGAGUUAAAGCCUCUGUUCAUGUCAGCUGACAGCAUGUUGUCAGAGACUCCUGACUCAGAGCACAGCACCCAACCCAGGGAGGCCUACGACGGGGCCAGCAGGGGGGAGCAGAGUCCAGAGGAGGAGGUGGAGGAAGCGGAGGAGGAGGAGGAGGAGGAGGAGGAGGACGAAGACUGGUCUGAGGGGGGGGGCAGAGGCUGUGUGGUGUGUCAGAACGCGGCGGUGAACAAGGUGCUGCUGCCCUGCAGACACGCCUGUGUGUGUGACAGCUGUGUGUCGCGCUUCCAGCACUGCCCCAUCUGCAGGGCCUUCGUGCUGGAGGCCUUCACUCUGACAGAGCCCCCCUCUGUCUGGGGGACCGCGUAACACUGACUCACACUGAACCACUUAUAUAAGGGCUAAACUGCGCUUUCAGCUCUGACCAUGUACCAUUUGUAAAUGUAUGCUUUAUUCAGACACGAUGAACCUCAGGAUGGGAUCGACCAAUUGCAAGUGUAAAGGUCAACUAGAGACACGUUCCCCCUGCCAUAUCUGUCACUUUCUCUCAGAGUAACCCCCAAAACAGACGCCUCCACUUCUUUAUUCUCAGAAACACACAUUAUUUAUUGUGUCCUGUCGAUACCACUCAAAUUAAAUCUCCGCUGAUCACUUUAAGAUUGUCGAGCAAGAAAAGCAGUUGCUAAGGUUGUAUAUAACUGAGUGAUAUUUUCAUGUACAAAUAACUUAUGUUGACUCUGUUGUUUGUUUUAGAAUAAGAAGGAUUGACCUCUUUUACAGGACCAGUGCAGUAUUUAUUGACCAAAGCUUAUUACUUCCUGAGCUUUAAUCUGACUGUAAAUAAAUGUGUUAGGAAUAAUUAAAAUGACUGGUGAUUUAUUGGAAAUGUGUUCAGGAUAUGAUCCCAGAUAUAUCUGACUUUUGUCUGAAAACCUACUUUGAAAGUGGAUAGCCGGUUAUUGGAAUAUUGCAUCAAACCCCCGGCCAGAUUGACACAAUUGAAUGGAAAAUCAUCUUAGUGACUUCAUGACCUUUACUUAAGAUAAGACACAGCUGUGAACAUUUGCUUGAUAUCUAUAUUGAGUUCCUGUUUGCUGUACCCAUAGAUAUUAUUGAUACUGAAGGAGAUUACGAUAAGGCAAGACUCCGGAACACACUUUGACACGUGUUUAAUCAGUUUUGGAGCUCAGGACGUUCACUUGAAGGUAAGAGAAAUGAGAAGUCGUCAAUUGAAAAACACAGAACUUUCAGUAUAAUUGUAUAUUUUCAGAACAUAAAAGGUAUUUAUUUGUAAGUGUUAAGAGUUUUGUGGGAUGCGAGAAUGAUCAGCCUUUUGGAUCCAGAGAUGAAACAAAAGGCGGGUCAGACUAAUAACUGGAUACAGGGGUUCCGUGUCACUUCGUAGGUUAGGAACGUGUACUUUUUCUAAACGUUUUGCAUCCCACAAACAU